GCGGCUACAGAAUGGGGCUCCAGUCGAAGGCGGCAAGAAGAGCGACGCUACUCACAAAGUUUUGAGGUCUUUCCUAUCUGUGGAUUUUUGUUCGUUCAGUUUCUUGUAAGAACGCCAAAGUAACCUAAUCGGAUUAACAAUUUGUAGAAGGAAUAGUAUGGUUUUCCAUUAAAAAAAGCGGCGGACUGCAGCCGCCCAUGCUCCGCCCCCUGAGUGCUGCUUGGCCUGCCGGGCCCACGGGUGCUGGUGAGUGUGCAGCGGGCUGCAGCUGAAGCGGGGAUACGGCGCCCGGUGGGGGUGGUCAUCAGAGGGCCCAGAGCCCCGAGAGUCCUGCCCCGAGCCACACGAAGAUGAACAGACUGCACUUCCACAACAACAAAACCAUGCAGGACCGCCGCUGUGUCUGUGUCUUUUUGCCCAACGACGACACACUCAAUGUCAUAGUCAACGUGAAGACCUUGUGCCAGGAACUGUUGGUCCAAGUGUGUGACCUCCUGAGGCUGAAGGACUGUCACCUGUUUGGACUCAGCGUUAUUCAGAAUAAUGAACACAUCUAUAUGGAGCUGGAUCAGAAGAUAUCCAAGUACUGCCCCAAAGAAUGGAAGAGAGAGGCCAGCAAGGGCAUAGACCAGUUCGGGCCUCCAAUGAUCAUUCACUUCAGAGCUCAGUACUACGUUGAGAACGGGAGGUUAAUCAGUGACCGGGCAGCCAGGUACUAUUACUACUGGCACCUGAGGAAGCAGGUGCUGCUCUCCCAGUGCAUCCAAAGGGAGGAGGCCUACUUCCUGCUGGCAGCCUUCGCCCUGCAGGCUGACCUGGGCAACUUCAAACGUAACAAGCACUUUGGGAAGUACUUUGAACCUGAAGCCUACUUCCCUCCAUGGGUGAUAACCAAGCGCGGCCGCGAGUACAUCCUGAGGCACAUCCCCAACAUGCACAAAGACCAGUUUGCUCUCACGGCGUCCGAGGCGCACCUCAAGUACAUCAAGGAAUGUGCCCACCUGGACGACGUCACCGUCCACUACUAUAGGCUCUACAAGGACAAGAAGGAGGUGGAGGCGUCUCUUACUUUGGGACUGACUUUACGUGGUAUCCAAAUAUUUCAGAAUGUCGGGUCUGUGCGGCAACUCCUGUACGACUUCCCCUGGACCAACGUGGGGAAACUGGUAUUUGUGGGGAAGAAGUUCGAGAUCCUUCCUGACGGCCUGCCCUCGGCGCGGAAACUCAUCUACUACACGGGUUGCCCCCUGCGCUCCCGCCACCUCCUGCAGUUGCUCAGCAACAGCCACCGGCUCUACAUGAACCUGCAGCCCGUCCUCAAACAAGUCCGCCGGUUGGAGGAAAACGAAGACAAGAAGCAGUACAGGGAGUCGUACAUCAGCGACGCCCUCGAACUGGACAUGGACCAGCUGGACAAGCGCUCCCGAGCCAGCGGCAGCAGCGCGGGGAGCGUGUCUCAUCACAAGCGCCUGUCCCGCCACUCCACCACCAGCCACGGCAGCUCGCACACCUCGGGCAUCGAGGCGGACAGCUUCAGGGCCUCGGGUCAAGCGCCGCACAGGCCGCUGCGGACCUGCAGCUCGUCCACCACCAGCCGCGGCAGCUCCCACACCUCCGGCAUCGAGAGCAGCGGCAAGGAGCGAAUUCUGGACGAUGACGAGAUCGAGAUGCUUGUGGACGACCCCAAAGACUACGAGGAGCUUCAUGAGAUGGUCCUGGACCAGGAGCUGUGCAUCCACAUCACUGAGGACAUGUUGACCAUGUCGCCCGAUCCGACCAACGGAUACUCAGGACUGAUAGUGAGAGACGUCGGCUCCUCCACCUCCAGCUCCUCUGAGACGGUCGUCAAGAUGAGAGGACAGAGCAUCGAGUCUCUGCCGCAGACUUUAGUGUGCAGGAAGCCUCCGUCCUCCACCGACCGACACAGCCAGUCUCUGGACGACGUCCGGCUCUACCAGAAGGACUGCCUGCAUUGGGCGGAGCUCUGCCAGGACACCGCCCACAGCUACACGUUCGGCUGCGCCCAGGAGCUGAGCGACGGGGGCGGGGGCGGCGGCGGCGUCUCUCAGGGCCUCGCCGAUCAGCGCGCCGGCAUGCUGGGGGGCGAGCAGCACCCGUUUCCCAUCAAGAGAAGCAACAAGUACUUCUCCCUGGAUCUGUCCAGCGACGAGGUGCCCGAGUUUGUGGUGUGAAGGCAUGGAACCGAGGUGCCCGCCCCCCCCAGGCAUAGAGAUGCUUCAGCCCUCGGGGAGGGAGAGGCGAGCGAAGGAGAGGUGGUUUCCCUGGAGGAGUACACUGGCCGAACAACACGCGCAACAGCAAAGGAACAAACGCGGGAAAAGGGAACUGAAGGAAGUCUGAGUCCAUGCGGGGAUCGUGUCAUCCUUACAAACUGGUUUUCCAGAACCACACGUUGUGUUCGCCUGCGUUAUAAAGUCCGCAACAGACUGUGUGUGUGUGUGUGUGAGUGUGUGUGUGUGUCUCGGGGGCUCGUGCACAGACAUGAGCAUCAAAUCAAAGGUUGAACACAGUAGACAAAUAUCACUCUGAGCUCCGAACCAAAGACAAGAAAUGGAAAUGAACUGAAAUGUUCAGCUUUUUCUCACUGUGUAGCCAUGAUGACAAACAUUUCAAAGGGAGGGAGGAAGAACCCACAAUCCUUUGGGAGGGGUCAGCCUCGUCUUUUUCUUCCAAGCAGCUACAUUUGACCUCAACGGGAAGUGCAGCGCAGUGUGCCAACUCCCAUGACCCCCCCCCCCCCCCGUCCCUCCCUCCGAUGUGCCUUCGUCACAUUAUGCAGGUGGCAAACCGUCGCCGUGACAAUCGCACUCCUCCAUCAUUGUAGUCAUUUCUAAAGAGGAAAGCACUCUGGAUUCCAUUCAUUGUUUUUAAGGGACGUCCACCUCCAGACGGUUGUUAGAAGACUUUGAUUUCAAACCGAAGCCUGACGAGUUUCCCGGGAGGAAUGAGGUCGAGAAGGUCCCGACGUGUCCUGACCUGCGUCGAGGUUGCAGCCGCACAAGCUUCCCUGUAAUCUGAACUGAAAAUGGAGGCCGGUUGGCUGCCGGCCAAAACACAAGAGACAUUUUAAAGCAUACAUGUGCGUCUCCCUUUCUGCUCAGAUAUCUCUCUCUCUCUCUCUUUUCUCUAGUGUUGACUUCUGUUUCAUUUCAUGUGAUCAUUUUGAAGCUGGUAUUUCAUUUUAUAUUUUUCAUCUUCUCGUUUUACCCGAUAUUUCAUUACCUGUUGUAUUUUUGUUUGAGCUGUCCAGGCUUGUGUAUGUUGAACAGUUAAUCUGUUUGUGGUUGAUUUCCACCAGUAUUACAAGCAAAUAUACGUGACAGUAUUAAGGACAGGUGAUGUUUGUGGGACUGAACAAGAGGUACUGGUUUUAUCUUUUAUCUCACAUUAAGAUCAAGAAGUGAAGCCCGGUGUGUUGCAGGCUCUUAUUUCACAACAGGAGGAUGUCGCAGGUUAAAACAGGCAACAUCUUUUCUUUUUUUUAUUCAUAAUUCAAGCGGCUCAGAUAUGAAGGUAAUCAAUAAUGGGUUUUUUAAGACUCAUCCAUAAUAUGUGUAACUGCAAGCAGGUUCAAUUUAUAACUUUUCAAUUGGUGAAGAUUGCAAAUUUAAGCAAUUGUUACAAAAUCCACCUAAUUAUCAACUUGUACUUCUGUUAAGAUCAAGCGAACAAGCUACUUAGAGUUGUGUUGUUUGGUGGGUUGUGUAACCUCUGGACGGGGCCCGGCUAGCUGUCCCCUGCUCUCUGUGCCGAGCCAACGGGCGGCUGCUGCUCGCUCCGUAUUCACCAGACUCUUCUCUUCUAACUCUCGGCAAGAAAGUGAUGAGGCGCAUUUUUAAGCUUAAAUGAUUUGGCUUCACAGUGUUCCAUGAGAUCACUGUUCACUGUGAUUUCAUCCAUGUAGCGAUUCAAACACAUACAUUACAAAAGCAUCUGAUCAAGGUUUAUCUAUCAUGUUUUCUUUCACUGAUUUAAACGUGUAAUUAUUUCUUGUCAUUACUGAAAAAUGUCUAAAGUCAUAUUCUGAUGGAAAAUAAUGUUAUAUGUUAUAUUAAAUGUGUUAAGGUACAUAGCCAUACAGUCAUAACCCAUGUCCUUAAAAGUUGUUCUAACUUCCUUUUCUGACUUCCAAACAUGGUUGUACUUACUUAAGAAAGAAUCUGUAUGUCUGUGUCCAUAAUCCUUUCUGUGAAAGGACCUCCCUUUUGGAAAAUAUUAAAGUUUUUUCUGUCUUCUCUGUCAAAAACCUCGUAAACGCGUCCCUCUGACCACCCACGCUCCAGUCAUCUCAGCAACCAGAUCUGUUGCAGCCAAUCAAAUGGUGAAGUUUGGCAGAUUUGUGGCCUGCUGCCUUUUGUCCUGUGGAGACGUGGUGCCUAAAGGUCAACUAUGGCAACACCAAAACCAAGCACACAAUCCAGCUUCUGGACUGGUGCAUCAACUACCCGCCUGCCACUGUGGUUCCUGCAGGAGACCCGGCCAUUGGGAGAGUAAGAUUAAGAGGAAAUGAAUAAAUAAAC